UGCCGCCUAUUCUUAGCGUGGAAUGUACACAAUGCCCCGCGCCCGCCGCGCUCACUGCGGCACAAACACGGCCAGAGCCGCCCUCUGUGAAUCACCUACCUACUGAGAGAAACCUCCCGUGGGUCUGUAGGUUUUUGUCCAGGCUCUAGCUGUGGAAAAACUCAGCAGAGAAUAAACGGCAGAGAGUAAGUGCAUGCAGUGAAGGACAGCAGAAGUGAACGGAUAUUUACAGCAACAUCAAAGUCCUGAUUUGUUCCCUUGGAGCUGGAUUUUUCAAUAAAAGCUGCUAAGAAUUUGGGGGUUUUUUUCUGACAAGUCCAGAAUUAAUCUCUCUCGUAUUUUGCUAUGGAAGAGGGAUGCACUGAAGAGUUUCUCUUCAAAGACCAGGACUUCUCCUCUGAACUGCUGAGGCAGCUGAAUGCUCUGCGACAGAGCAGGAUGCUGACCGAUGUUACCCUCUGCUCCGGGGGCUUUGAAAUCCCCUGUCACCGAAAUGUGCUGGCUUCCAGCAGCCCAUACUUCAAGGCAAUGUUCUGUAACAACUUCAGGGAGAGUCACCAGCCUAAAGUCAUUCUAAAGGGCAUCGACGCUGAUAUUUUGGAUCAGAUUAUCCUUUAUGUUUACACUGGAGAGAUUCUAAUAUCCACUGAGAAUGUCUUGUGCCUCUUUGAGACUGCGUCCAUGCUGCAGUACACUAAGCUGUUUGAGGCCUGCUCUACCUACCUCCAAGACAAGCUGACCCCUGACAACUGUCUGAGCAUGAUCAGACUGGCAAAAAUCUUGAACUGCCAAAGCUUGAAUAAGAAAGCCAAGGCUAUGGCUUUGAAAUAUUUUCCUGUGGUGGCCUCUUCUGAGGACCUGAAGGACCUCUGUCCCAUGGAGCUCAUAGAUUACCUGGGGGAUGAUGAACUCUGUGGGGAGGAGGAGCAGGUCUUUGAGGCACUAAUGGUCUGGAUCCGGCACGACCUCCAGGCACGACAAGGCUACAUGCAAGAGUUGUUCAAGAAGGUCCGGCUUCAGUACGUCCAUCCAACUUUCCUGUUCCAUUUCAUUGCUAAUGACUCACUCGUUCAGGCCUCACCCACUUGCAGGAGCAUCCUGGAGUCAGCCCGGAGACACAUGUUUUCCUUGUACAGCACCAACACGCCUGAUAUCAAACCCAUGAUGCAUGUUCCUCGCAGGUACUCCAACCAGGAGUUCCUCAUCAUCAUUGGUGGCAGGAAGGACAGCCAGCAGACAACGAGGGAUGUCCUGCUUUAUGAUGACAAGACGAACCAAUGGCUGAGCCUGGCCAAACUUCCCAUGCGCCUCUACAAAGCCUCUGCAGUGAGUUUACACAGCAAUAUUUUUGUGCUCGGAGGGAUGCCUGUUAGCAAUAAGAAAAGUCUGGUCAGUGGUAAUAUUUACAUUUACUCCCUCAAACUCAAUCAGUGGAGGUUGAUUGAGCACAUGCUAGUUCCACGUUACUCCCACAGAAGCCUGGCAUAUAAAAAUUAUAUUUUAUCAUUCGGUGGAAUUGGCGAAAACCAGGAAAUCCUGAAUUCUGUGGAAAGAUAUGAUAGUGUCUACAACACCUGUGAGAUCAUGGCAAACAUGCCUGUUGCCGUCCUUCACCCUGCUGUUGCUGCCAAAGAUCAGAGGGUUUACCUCUUUGGGGGAGAAGAUAUAAUGCAAAACCCUGUUCGGCUCAUCCAGGUUUACCACGUCUCCAGGAAUACGUGGUUUCGUAUGGAGACCAGGGUAGUGAAGAAUGUCUGUGCACCAGCUGUUGUGAUUGGAGACCAGAUUAUCAUCGUAGGUGCUGCUUGAAAACUCCUCCCGCAGAAGUUGAAGUCAUAUUCUCCAUGGCACAAUGAGCAUGAAUUCCUCAGUGCAAGGUUGCACCUGCAAAGGAGCUGAGAUAUGGUAAUUAGUAAUCUGCUAAUGAUGUUUUCAGUGUCUAAAUUCGAUGAGUUUGCCCACAGUCCAAAUGAAGCAGAGUUCUUAUGGACAAACUGAUGUCUCAGGCUGCUGGUGCCACCAAUGUCCACAGGGCUCCUCCGGGUUUGCGUCGGAGCCCUGAGACAUUGAUCUGGCCUCUUCUGUUUAUUGAUGUUUCCAAAAUAGUAGCAGAGUAGCGAGGAGCCCGACUGCUCUGUCACUCGGCAAGUCACCCACUGGCUCCAGCUGCUGCCUGUCACUUCUCUCCCCAGAGCUCUUUGUUUGCCUGCACUUCUUUCAUGUUGCAAGAACCCUUUCCCAGAAAAGCAAGCAGCAGCACAUCUCGAGCAGCCCUGGGCCAACAGGCACAUGUCUUGUGGCUGCUUUAAAGACAAGGCAUCCCCACAGCUGCUGGAGACUUUUGCCUUAAGAGUCAGGGGUGAGCCAUGAGGUAAAACCCUGCUGGAGGUGCGAAAAGGCAGAAGAAUCUGGUCCACUUCUCAGGAGAUGCUUGUAACCAUCCUCCUAUACCUAAACUUCCCAUGUCUAGUUCUCUGAAGUUUGUUUCUUGAUCAGGUUGUGCCUUCUGAUGAAUAAGCCAUGUCCCACCACCCCUCCCUAAAGCAGGCAUGCUGGGACAAGGAACAAAGGCGUGUCUGCUUCCCCAGAUCCCCCAGUGCCACAUCUGUAAUGACAUCCCUUGAGUUUUGCCCUGGUGUUGGCACAUUGUUGAGUUUUCUCUUUGCUCUUGGAUGCCUUCCUAGGCUCUGCAGUUGCCCUGAACCAAUGUUUGGAUGUGGCAAUGACUGCCCAGAGCACCAGGAAGUGACACCAAGGACUCUCAAGUCCAAAUUUUCAAAUUGAUGGGAUGCUUCUGGUCUGGAAAAUCAGCCCAAAGGAAUCUGAGCCUUAGAGCUGAACCCUGGCACCUCUCUGUAAGACCUGGGAGACUCUAGGGGAAUGUGUUCAGCCCCGAGGAGCAGAGAACAAACUUGAUGGAGAGUGCUGCAAUGUGAAACUUGGCUACAAAGCUGCAGUGCUGGGAAAGGGCAGUGUUUUAUCCAGAUCAGCAGCAAGCCCUGGAAUUAAUAGGCUUGAUUAAACUAUUUUGAUGUGCAUGGUAUGUGAAGAUAAGGGCCCAAUUCCCUAGGGUUUCCAGUGAAAAUCAGAUGUUAAGAUAACAGUACGUGACAUUCUCUGACAGGAGUAAGGAACACUGCUGGAAGACAAGUACAGACCAAGGGGCAAAAGAGGCACUUCUUCAGAGAGCAAAGUUACCAUGAACUUGCUGGAUCUGUUUCAAUGCUGAAAUGACGUGGACCCUGGCACCAGGCAGAUCGAAAGCAAGGGAACUGUGCCUGCUUUGUGUUGUUAUGACACAUAUAUUUCCCUGAAAAUGACAUUAAAAUUUACCAGAGGCUCAAACAUUGUUCUGUUUAUCUAUUCCCUGGGUAGGAUCUUAGAGGCAGCCCGAGCACUGCAGAAUGCAGCCUCUGUGAAGGAAACUUGGCCUCUGGCAUGAGGACCAUCAGCAAAUGUGAAAUGGGAAGCCAGCACGUCAGGGCAUACAUGACUGUGUCCCACAGCCUCCUGUCAGGGCUGCAUCCCUUGGAGACACACGGAGGGGUGAGCCACGGGAGGAACUCCCUGCCAUGCCCUGAGCUUUGCCAGAGAGGGAGCAGAUGGCUCAGAAUGAUUCCUCCCCAUCGCAUUGACCCUGGCUUCGUCCUGUGCAGAAACAUGGAAAGGCUCCUCAUCACCCAGGCUGUGUCAACAGUGCCUCAGGGUGCUUCGGGACACAUUUCAGCCCUGGCACUCCCUUGCAGUGGAACUUGAAGCUGAAUUAAUUCAUUAAUUAAUGAAUUAAUUCACAGUGUGGACUAAUCCAUGUGUGUGCACGUAGAGCCAUGGCAUCCAACAGAGAAGACUCCCAGAAACUUAACUGAGUGCCACUCAAACCUUGACCAAGGAGGAAAGCAGGGCGAUCCUAUGGAUGUUCUUCAAGAUGCUGUGAUAUUUAAUGGCUAAUUCAGACCUUUUCAAAUGAAGGAGGUCUUUGGGCUUGGCAGAUUCUGACUGAAGGCUUCUGGCUGAGAGAUCCUGUUUACAGCCUACAAGAGCUGUCUGCUCAUAAUAACUUGAAAGAAAUGUCAGUAAAUAGAGCUUGUUUCUUCUUCCAGGGGGCUCUGGAAAUUUUUUCAGGGGAAAAGUAGCAACACACAAUGAAAGAAGGGCUGCAGGCAAACUGAACUACAAAUGGCAGGGAAGCCAAAAGCAUGUUUGCCCUUCCAACCUUGCGCAUAUGUUUUUUAUGGCAUGAAAUGUGACAGGCACAGUUGAUCACAGAUAUCAAGCUGAGAGUCUGUUAUUUGUGAUGGCAGCAUAAAAUACACAGGCCCUCACUCCAAAGAGCUUGAGAAGAGAAAUUGGGAGCUGAGGACACAGAUGGCCCUCAGAGCACCAUCAGCUGGACUUUCAAAGCAUCCAGCUUGUUUAUUAGGCAAGAGCAACACCUUACGCCAUAACCUGGGUAACUGAAG